AAUUGACAUCUCCUCAUUAUUGCGGUGUCUAUAGAAGAUAUUACCUGCCAUUGUUUUCUGCAGGCUGUAUGUCAUUUCAGACACAGAGACAAGCAUCUGGGUUAUUCGUCGAGCAGUGUAUCAACAGAUAAUUGUUCUGAUCUUGACGUGUUUUGAUUGGCUUGCUAUUACAUCAUAGCUACAAUCACUGAUAUCUGGAACACAUUAGGAUUUGGCCAGAAUAUAUCUGUAUUAGACCAUCGCCUACACACUGGAGAUGUGGCCGUGUGUGUUUUAGCUAAUUAAAGGGACAGUGCUGGUGAUGGAUUCUCAUUGUACUGGUUUGAAACAGGAAAAAGAUCGUUCGCAACAAUAGGUUGACGGGAUCCAGACGUUUCAGGCAGCACAGUUGUAGAAAUAACAUCUGUUGUCUUGUCCAGAAUACUUUGCUGAAUCUUUUAAAAUGCAUUCUACAUUAAUGGAUUAAACUGACAGAUAUAUAUCAUCAAAUCUUCCAUUAGGUAUCGCCUCUUCGUAAAUCUGAGCGACCCUAUGACAUGAUGUAUAUUAAAGACCUUCUCAGAUUUCUCUAGUCGUCACUGGCAAGUAAUUUGGAGGGUGCGCUAUUUUGGGAGCAUUUUGGUGCUGCAGAUGCAGACGCUAACGCAGCGAGAAUGUUAAAAGAUUUGAGCUGCUGGUGACUCAGCUAUCUCUCCUCGGUCGUUGUGUUUUAAUCACGCCGGAUUACUUUCCUCUUUGGAACCGAUUUCACGUAGUUUCAGUAGCUGGAUCUAAAGGCGUUCGAUUGCCGGUGUGACUGUCAGUCUCGCACGGCCACUUUUAUUUUAUAUAGAAACAAAACCAUUUUUACAAGCUGAAACUAAAGAUGCCUUGAUGGAAUGCUUUCUCUCAUGAAGACUUGCAAGGCUCCAGCAUCAUGAAGUGCCCACACAAUUUUUCUCUGACUGAUGACUGUUUUUUAGAAGUGGGACCGCCAGGCGCAAGCGCGCUCCGGCUCAGCCCCGCCCCCUCCUCUCCCAGCCCCGCCCCUUCGACACCGCGGAGGAGUAUGGGUAGAAAGCGGGGCUUCGCGGAAGCGCCGGUGGAUUCCAAGAUGGCCGCGGGGUGCUGUGGAGUGAAGAAGCAGAAGCUAUCGAGCUGUUCGUCCUCCACCUCUUCUAACAACUCUAACGAAAACCACUGCAAGGACGUGACCCGCGCUAACGGUUUCAGUGGCUGCCCUGGUGGCAGGAACAUGGUGGUCAACUCGGAGAUGUGCUGCUUCUGCUUCGACGUCCUGUACUGCCAUUUGUACGGAUAUCAGCCGCCCCGGAGCCCACGAUUCACCAACGACCCGUACCCAUUAUUUGUGACGUGGAAGAUUGGCCGUGAUAAACGGUUGCGAGGGUGCAUAGGUACAUUUUCUGCCAUGAACCUACAUUCGGGACUCAGGGAGUACACUCUUACCAGUGCCCUUAAAGACAGUCGCUUUCCUCCAAUGACGAGGGAAGAAUUACCACGGCUUUUUUGUUCGGUGUCUCUUCUUACCAACUUUGAAGAUGUUGGAGAUUACUUAGAUUGGGAGGUGGGUGUACAUGGCAUUAGAAUAGAAUUCAUCAAUGAAAAAGGAUCAAAACGCACCGCCACAUACCUGCCGGAGGUUGCGAAGGAGCAAGGUUGGGACCACAUUCAAACCAUAGAUUCCUUGCUACGAAAGGGAGGCUACAAGCCUCCUAUCACGAAUGACUUCAGGAAGACCAUUAAACUGACCAGGUACCAUAGUGAAAAGAUGACACUGAGUUACUCAGAGUAUCUAGCUCACCGCCAGCAUCACCACUACCAGAAUGGCAUUGCACACCCUCUACCACCGUACAACCAUUAUUCCUGACAAUGACUUGCAUGACCAGUCACUUGAUCUUUCAGCGGACCUCUUCCCAGGGGACCCUUCCCCUUCUUGGUCUAGCUAUCUCUAUUACUGUACCAUUUUAUGAUGUUAGUUUCCGUUGCCAUAGUGGCAUGCAGCGAAUUGGCUGAUGUCAAUUUGGCAACGGGUGGUAACAACUCAUAAUUAUGAAUCAUCGUAUUUUUUUUCAGCAUGCCCUUUCAUAAAAUAAGUUCCGAAGAAAUUCAUUUUUUUUCAUUCUCAAAAUUUCCUAAACCUGUGGAUGAAUGGAAGGAGAGUUGAGAUAAUUUAGGUUGGUCCAGCUUGAACUCUUAAUUUGCAAGAGCAGGGCUAAUCAAAUAAUGUCUUUGUUCUUGGCAGAUAUUGGACCUACAUUUCUUCAAUGAUUGGAUAAAUGUUCUUUAAAAAUCAGAAUUCUAUAGUUUCAAAUGUUAUAAAGGAGUUACAAAUCAUUUCAGCAUUUCAUUUGAUUUGUAUAAAAUCCCUUUUGUCAUACUGACCAUUUUAGUAUGAAUUGCUUUUUAAAUUUACUACAUUUUUUGUUCUAAAAUGCAGCUUUCAAAGGACAGCAAAAUUUUGUAAAAAGAAUUACAUUUAAUUACUCAAGUUACAAAAUAUUAAGCAUGGUACUUGACCUGUCAUGAUUGAGAUGUUUGUCAAAACCUUUCACAAUAACAAUUCUAUUGGUAUACUUGUCAAAUGGAAAGUAAUUAAGAUUAUAUCCUGCACCCUUUGAUCGUGUAUAUAAUUUGCGUGUGUAUGUAUACACAGCCUUUUUUUUCCCUUGUGGGGAAAGAUUUUUCUUAAUACACUGUUAUAAUUAGACAUUUAUCUAUGAAGUUUUUUUUGCAAAAACUUGCAUGGAGUGAAAAAUAGGUUUAACAGUUUGAUUUAUGAGUUAAAAAUACAUAAAUAUAAUGCAAAUCAAGGUUGCACAACAUUCAGUUUAAAAGACUGGCCUGCAGGCUAUCUAUUCUGUGCUCGUAACUUCUGUGAUAGGGUGCUAAUUCUGAAUUGGUAAAGGUAAUAACUGGUUCUGAAUUUCUUUCCGCGCUGAUGGCUAUACCCAAAACAUCACAUCUUUCAGUCAUCUGGAAACACCUUUUGAAAUGUUGUAUAAUCAGCCAUUUGUUGAAUUUCAUUUGGCUUUGCGUUGCAGCAAAAUAUAAUUAAAUACUCCCAACUCAAUUUCCCACUGAAUUAGGAUAGAAAACAGUACAAAUAUAGAUUUGGUUCUGGGAAAAUAUAAUUAUGGACUUCCAAUUAUUAGCUGAACUUUGAUUCUUUAAGUUCUAGCUCUUGUUUUUGUACCUGUAACAUUUUACACAUAAACAAGUAUAGUUUAAGCCAAACUGCUUAGUUUAUAGAUGAUUAACUACAACAAUUUUCAGUUCUCUGUUUCAUCAUAUUUAAAUUGGUACACUAGAAAAGAGGGAGCUGGGCAAACAUGGUGCUAGAACUCAGGAAAUAUUAAUGUGCAGUAUUUGUGCAGCCUGAGGCUCCCAACACGUCUGUGUAAAAUUUAUUUUGUUCAGCUGCUUAUUGUCAGGAAUGGAAAUUUAAAUUAGUUAAGUUUAUUAUGACAACGCAAAUUUUCCAAAUAACAGAAACUGUUUGGGAAAAUGAGAGAUGAUCGGAUGUGAGUCACUUUAGAUGUCUGCUUUUGGUUGUCACAAAUCUAACAGAAAACCUAGAAUAUCCACAGACUUCAGAUCAGCAAGUUCUGAAUUAGUGUGGUAAAAUAGGUUAGGAAUAUGAAGUUUAACAACAUGGUGUUAUUGUGGAACUGAUUUUUUUUUAGAAAAAGAAAUUCAGAAACUGAAGACUGCAGGUGCUUAUCUAAAUUGAGAGUUUAGAUUGAAUGUACAUGGGAAUAUUGUACAUUUGAUCUUGAAGGACGGUGUUUCUUUGUAGUAAUUUUAAAGAUCAGAUUAAGCUUUAGAUUAUCAUUAAAACAAAAUUGAAACAAGUUAAAUCUGCAACAAUACUCAUUAGCAUUUCUUUCUACAUUUAUUAUUUCUUCAACUUUGUAAAUCAUUUCUAAUUUAAGCCAAGGGUAUGACACCAUAACAAGAUAUUUGUCAUUAUGAUCCAACUUUAUUAAAAUCUGGCUAAUUAUUAAGAAUCUGCAAAGUUCAAAACCUAAAGUAAAAUCUGUCUCCUUGUAAAAGAUUCUGCAGCAUUUCAAGUACUCGUUAAUGUUUAUUUUAUUGGAUAUGUUCAAAAAGGCUGCAUUUUUCAAUUAAUUAUCAGUGUUGGAGAAAACCAUUAAUUGCUCCUUUGAAUAUCCUUAGCUACGUAAAUGAAAUUGUAAUGAAAAGUAUGGUCUUUAGGUUUGGUUAGAUUCCCAGACAGUGAAAGAUUUUGCCUGUGUCCUAUGAGAAGAGUCCAUUGUGUGACGCUGAAGCUUAGGUAACUCCUUCCAUUAUUCACAUUGAAAGAACUUAAGAACUGUACAUCCACAGUAAUUGUCGAAGAGAAAUGAUUUAUUAUAUCACUUGUGUUGCCUUAAUUUUGACACAAAUAGCACAAACUGAACAAUCUUGGCUGCCAAGUGGAACUUAGUUUACUGAAUUUCUCUGAACAUCGUGUCCAUCAUCUCAGCAUGCUCAUUCUUUCUUUGAGCUCACCACUAGUGGGGGAGAAAAUGGUGCUAUACGACUCUGAAUGGGUCACGUGACUGGUCAUGCUGACUCCGAGAUCAUAUCGGAAUUUUCUUGAUAUAUGCAGAUAUUAUACAAAACUUUACUACCAGUGUAAUAAUGAUAAAAACAAAUAAAUAAAAUCCUGCAGCCUUGCAAGGACGAGGUCAGCAAUACUUCCCUGCAUGGCAUGGUGGAAAGGGACAUAUCUCGUCGUGUGUCGCUAUAGGAGCAUGACAGUGUGUCCAUGCUGGUCACUUUCUUUCCUUUGGAAAAAAAAAUAGUUAAACUGAAGCAUUAGAUAUUUAAUAUUUUUAUGGGGCUGUCACAUUACCUGCCGCCUCUUGAACAUGUUCAAUUUUUAUAUACUGUUGUGCAGUCAAGGUUACAUCACGUUGUUGUUCAGACCGAACCAAAGAUGCCUCCAGCCAUGAUCUAAUGCUGCUGUGAAUUAAGCCUGCUUUCCAGUCCUUCAAGGCUAUUGCAGGAGGUUUUAACAAUUUGUUUUUUAUUUUUGUACAAUUUCUAACUGGUUUUGCUAGUAGCAUUGAUUCAAUUAAGUUUAAUUUGAAGAUUCUCAAUGAGCACUGUUGAACAUUGAUGUCUGGUAACUUUGCCCAUGCAGUGGCUGUAUCGAAGAAGCCCCAUAGUGUGCCUCUCAGACCUAAGGGUUUCUUUAAUCUGUAUCUUAGAGACCAGCAGAAAAUCUUUAUACUAAAGAUGUUUAAUUAUUUUUAUCAUUGUUGUUUGAACUCUUGUUUCUUAAUUUUACUCUGGACCUAGUAACUGCACUGGUUGUCAAUCGCACUGAGAGAGCGAGAGAGUUGUGUUUCAGACUUUUGUAACAACACAUGUAUGACAGUUUUUGUACAUUGAAAUCAAUUCUUUUCAGAAUUUUUUGGAUCUAGUUUCUAAGUUAUUUUAGUGGUUUUUUUAUAUGUUAAAAAUGAGAUGAGUUAACACUGUCACCAGCAGACUGAUUUACCUACUGAUGCUACAGUGAUGCUGGGUUGACGGCUACCUGGUGUAGCUUGUGCCCAAAAAAAUGUUUUUUUUCUUAUUAGUAACUGUUGAAUAAUGGCACCACAAUAUAUGUGAAGAACCCCCUUUCAUUAUGACUAGAUCCUCCUUCCACAUUUAAAAUUUUACAAUUACUAUUAGUGUGAUGAUUGUUGAAAUGGGCAUUUAUAGUAUGGUUGUAAGUCAAAAAGCGGGGGGAGGGACUUUAUAAUAAAAAUGAUCAGUGGGUCUGUGAGACAUGGAUUGUGGAACAAUGUAGUAGUUUUAACACUAUUGUUACAUUUUAAAGCAUUUACCCAAUAAAAUAUUAAGAUUAAUACAUAAUUGGUCUCUGUUGGUACACGAGAUAAGAGUGUUUCACGUGCCUAUGUAUAUUAUACUAGUUACAAACAUACAAGAAAAAUCUCACAAUUAUUAAAUAUUGUGGGUUUAGUGGAUUAGAAAUGCUUUUUAUUUGAUGGAAUGGACUUUAUUUUUAAAUGUUCAAUGGUGGAGGUAGCAGUCACUGAAAGUAUUUCCACUCAUGUUGGGAGCGAUACCACUUCACAAAGUAUGAACAGUACCAGUGGAUCCAAAUGGACUCGCAGCAAAGGGAGUCCACCCAGCAAUGCUCUCUAAAGGGAGUCCAUCUACAAUCAGAACAACAUGAAUUCUGGAACCUGCAGAAACCUACACUGACUUUUUCUAAACUCAAGA